ACGCGGCCUGUCGCAACCAUCAACAAGACUACGCUACUCUCCUUGUGGAAUUUAUUCAUUAUGGCGACCGAUGUAGCUUUUGAUACGAGCAUGGGCUCCUUUACGGUAGAGCUUUACAACGAGCAUGCGCCCAAGACAUGUAAGAACUUUGCGACGCUCGCGCAGAGAGGCUACUACAGCGACGUCAUUUUCCACCGCAUUAUCCCCAACUUCAUGGUCCAAACCGGCGAUCCUACCGGCACCGGCAGAGGAGGAAGCUCGAUCUACGGCGAGAAAUUCGAAGACGAGAUUCAACAAGGCUUGAAGCAUACGGGGGCCGGAAUCUUGAGUAUGGCGAACAGUGGACCUAACACCAACGGUAGUCAGUUCUUUGUCACUCUUGCGCCGACACCUUGGUUAGACGGAAAGCACACGAUCUUUGGCCGAGUGAAGAGUGGAAUGAGGGUGAUCCAGCGCAUGGGGCUUGUCCAGACGAAUGCCGAAGACAGGCCGGAUGAUGAGGUCAAGAUCAUUCGGGCCAGGGUUGUGGAAGGAGAGGAAUGAAAACGGCAUCAGACCAUGUUUUCCGAGGCAAUUAGAACAGCCUCGAGAUGUCUAGAAUCUUUGCAGUGCCGUGCUAGAUACCCCUUAUGAUUACAGGCGAAGAGGCUUUAUUCCAGCCUAGGUUGGCAGCGCAUCAUCCAUACCAACCGCAGGGAACUUCGCUUCUAGGACAGAGGAACUCAUUUACAUAAAUCUAGGCCAGGACCCGGCGCGUGUUUUGCUACAACGAUUCAAUAUACUGGGCAGAGCAAAAACCGCCGCUCCAAGCACAUAGAAGAUAGCAUAGAUAGAAUGUAUCACUACAAAACGAACUGCUUCUAUCAGGUGUUUCCAAUCCAGAGCAGCAGAUACAGAGUGACUAAUCUGAUCUACC